AGUUGGCACACAUGGAGAAACAGAGCAUCAAAAACACUUCUUCUUUAUCUUCAAUGUCAUCUUCUUGGGUCCGUGGUACCUGCGUAGGAAGAGGUUGUUUCGGUGCAGUCAGCACGGCGAUCAGCAAAACAGACGGCGAAGUUUUCGCCGUGAAGUCCGUGGAUCUCGCCACGUGUCUUCCCGCUCAGUUAGAGUCUCUAGAGAACGAAAUCACCGUUCUCCGCUCGCUCAAGCCUCAUCCUCACAUAGUGCGGUUCCUUGGCGACGGAGUCUCGAAAGAAGGAACGACGUCGUUUCGUAACCUCCACUUGGAGUAUCUCCCGGAUGGUGACGUGGCUAAAAACGGAAUCGACGAGGCUCUUCUGCGGCGUUACACGGCGUGUCUCGUCUCCGCUCUCCGCCACGUCCACUCGGAAGGAUACGUUCACUGCGACGUCAAGGCCAGGAACGUGCUCAUCAUCAGCCGGAGCUCCGGAGUCAAGCUAGCGGAUUUCGGAUCGGCGAUCGGAGUCAGCAAACAGAGGGCUACGGCUCAGAUCACGCCACGUGGAAGUCCUCUUUGGAUGGCUCCGGAGGUGAUCAGAGGAGAGUACCAAGGGCCGGAGAGCGACGUGUGGUCUCUUGGCUGCACUGUCAUCGAGAUGCUCACCGGUAAACCCGCCUGGGAAGAUCUCGGGGUUGACUCGCUGAGUCGAAUCGGUUUCUCCGACGAGUUACCGGUUCUCCCGGUGAAGCUGUCGGAUACGGGACGGGACUUUUUAGACAAGUGUCUGAAGCGAGACAUGAGUCAGCGAUGGAGUUGCGAUCAGCUUUUGCAGCAUCCGUUUCUGUCUGAAUCUCACGACUCGUCUCACGCUGAGUCAUCUCCGCGUUAUGUACUGGACUGGGUUAACUCGGACGAAGAAGAAGAGGAAGUAGAGAGAAGCGAGUUGACUUCGAAACUCAAAUUUGCGGCGAUGGCAAGAAUCUGUAAAAUAGAGACGAGCAGAGGGGCAAAUUGGGAAUCGGAUGGUUGGGUGGAUGUUAGAAGUCAUCACCCUUCGGAAGAGGAAGGGGCAACGAUAGAAUACUCGGAACACAACACUUCGUUGAAUCCGUACGAUGACGUGGCUGAUGAGUCGGCGAUGAUUGACGUUAAUGUGUAUCCCAAUAGACCGCCGGGAAACCUGGACUCGGCGGCGGAGGAGCAAUAUGAAGUAGUGAUGAUUUUACUUUUAUUAAUGGAAUGUAUGGUUUAUUCUAGAACUAUAUGUGUAUCCACCGAAUACUCUCAUUACUUGUUGUCAUCAAUAUCAUAACAAGGAAAUGUUGUCUUUUAA